AUGGAAAGUGAACAGGUAUGAUAUUAAAUGACAAAUUUUAGAAAGAGAAUUGCUAACCUUUAUUAAAAUAAAGAUAUGAACCCUUCUAAAUCGAAGAAACAAAAGAAAAUGUUGAGAUUGAAUAGGAAAACAAGUUUGAUUAAUUUAAAGACUUUGUGUUUGGAAUACAAAUAUAAAAGAGUUAGAGAGAUGUAUAAUUUGGAUGGGAAAGUGAAUCCAAUUAACAAAUAGAACAAUUUUAUAAAAAACUCAAAAUACAAUUGCAUUUACAUUUUUACCCAUUUUACUUGUAAUUGAUGGAACCAGUUUAAAUACUGCACUUACAUAUUUUGAGGAAUUAUUUUUACAAUUGCUACUAAGAGUUAAUCUGUUGUUUGUUGUCGUUGUUCUCCAACUUAAAAAGCUUAAGUUACAGAAUGCAUUAAAUUUUAUACAAAAAAAGCAGUUGCAUGUAUUGGGAAUAAUUUCAUAAUUAUUAUCUUUAUUAGAGAUGGUGGUAAUGAUGUAGGUAUGAUUUAACCUGCAGAUGUUGGAAUUGGUAUAGAAGGUAAAGAAGGGAAAUAAGCUGCCUUAGCCUCUAAUUUUUCUAUUAUCAAAUUUAAAUAUUUGAAUGUUUUAUUAUUAUAGCGUGGCAGAUUAUCAUACAAAAGGAGUGCCUUAUUAUCAUAAUUUGUUAUUCUAAGAGGAUUAAUCAUUUCAGUAAUUCAAGCUGUUUUUAUGUUUGUGUUCUACUUUUUGUCUAUUAGUAUUUUUAGUGGUAGAUUAUUACUUGGGUAUUCUACUAUUUAUAAGUAUUAAAUUUAAUUAAAAUUUAGACUGUUUCCAGUGUUUUCCAUAAUAUUUGAUGAAGAUGUUGAAAUUAAAUUACUCUUUAAUACCCUCCACUUUAUAGAUCUUUAAAAAAAAAGCUAGAGAUCUAAAGACAUUUUUGGUUUUGGUUUGGAAAUCUAUGUUUUAAGGAGUAAUAAUUAUAUUUUUGAUUUUGGCUAUGUUUAAGAAAAUAUUUUUGGAAAUAGAAACAGUUGCUUUUACAGCCCUUAAAUUUAAUUAAUAUGCUUUAACAUUGAGUGAAGUAUUAAUUGAAUUUAAUAUUUUAGUUGUAUUCUUUGCAUUUUGUUAUGAAAAAAUCUAAUGUUACAUCAGCAGUUAUUUAAAUUUUAUCCAAUAUGUGGUUUGAAAAUCAAUUAUUAGUUUCAGUCAUGACCUUUUAUUCUUUCUUUAAUGAAAUUGUAGUUAUACUGGUCAUUGAUCUCCUCGUUUUAUUGCCUAAAAGAUAUUAAAGAAAUUUGAUACAUCAGAUUAUGAAAAGAUCAUGGCUACACGUUGAUACAAUAUGA